ACAAGAGGCUGACAAGUGGCCAGAAAGUGAAAUGGGGAAAUAUUCUUGAUGUCAUGUGGAUGCAGCGAGGGAAGUUUUCUCAGAAUAUUGGCUAUAUCGAUCCCUACCAGGAACCCAAAUGAAUCGAACGUGUUCAGUCAGCUUUUGAAACUCCGGCAGGUGAGCUGCAAAGUCACCUGUUAAUGUAAAGACCACCUGAAAAUGGAAGAGGGUAUCCAGCGUCUCGGAAAUGCGCGUGAAGCAAAGUGAGCGUGUCCUCGAGACUGAAUACUCGCUAUUGCACCGUUGGAGAUGCGCGGCUGUACACGGCACUUGAGGCGGACCGCUCCCACCCAUGCAAGCAGCCACAAUGAGCUGGUGGCCCCUGUGCCUCAACCACAGCGGAACGGCUGGUCUCUGCCCCCCAAGACAAUGCAGCUGGUGGCCUGGUUCACCUAUGCAUACUUUGCCAUUGUUGGCUUUGGGAUCUUUAUCCCGUUGCUGCCCCAUCCUUGGAACUCAGUGUCUUAUGGUAUUGUUGGUGCUGCCUUCUUUUUACACUUGAUUACCCACAUCGCCUCAGUGUCUAUAGACCCAGCACACCCCAAUGUGCGUGCCAAAAUGUACUCCAGCACUUUGCCUACUUUUGACAAAGGCAAACACGCACACGUGAUUGAAAACGACUACUGCACUCUUUGUGAGGUUGAAGUAGGACCUAAAGCCAAACACUGCCGCACUUGCAACAAGUGUAUUGCAGACUUUGACCACCACUGUAGGUGGCUCAACACAUGCAUCGGAGGGAGGAACUACUGGGUUUUCUUCGUCACCGUUUUGACUGCCACCGCCGCCGCAUUCCUGCUGGUCGUGAUUAUUCUCUUCGUCUUCAUCGAACACUUUGUGAACCCAGAUACACUUCGCACUGCACCUCAGUUUGAACGUGUGGAGAACUCAACAUGGCUGGUGUUUCUGCCUCUGGCUCCGGUACAAACCAGCUCCACGGGUCUGUUGGUGGUGGCUGGCUUCACCCUACUGCUCGGCCUGGUUUCCCUGGCACUCAUAGUCCACCUGCUGGGAUUUCAUAUCUAUAUCUUGUUUAACAACGUUAGCACAUAUGAGCAUCUGCAUAGAAAAACAAAGCGCCAGGGACAAAGUAAUGGCAAUUCAGAGGAAGGCCCCAAGCAAACUUCCCCAGACAGUGAAAACACUAAGAAACAGACGCCAUCAGAAAAAUCUGCAGAGUAUGAGUUGACUGUGCCUAUUGAAACCAGCAAGUGUGACUACAUGGAUGAAAGACAACUUGCCUCUCGUCUCUCCGAUGCUAUUUGUGCAGAGAUGAAACGUAUCAAAACAUCUCCGCCUGGAGUGGAUCAUAGUAGUUAUUAUAGCACUGGGUCCUCUGCACAUGUGACGUCAGGUGUGAUGGCCUAUGAUGAGUCAGUGAGUUGGAGUGGCAGUGCGAGAGGGGCAGGCAGACAGCUGAAGAGUGAGGUGUCCGUGGAGGACACGCCUGUUGUCCAGGACCCUUUGGGAAGCUCUGUCAUGGGCACCACCUCAGUGGACGGACAUCAGCAGAGAGUGGACACGCAUUCAGAUGCCCCCCUCAACCAGGACUGAGGAGACAUUUCUUGGGGGGGUGGGCGGGUGACGACACAACACAAGACUGACGGGAAAACCCAACAGAAGUCAGUACACUGAAAUUCCAACCGAUGUUUCUAACACAAUGUUGCGAUUCAUUGCGGAAGACCCUGAUGGGUCAAAAUGCAGACUUCUACUCGAUAGAAUACACUCGUGCCCUGCACCGAACAUCAUUGAAGUGGGAUGUGUGUACAGUUACUAUUUUAAGGAGAACUCAAUGGACCUGGAAUACCUCAGAAGACGGGUGUAGUUGCUGGCUCCUGUUUUGAGCAGUUCCCUUUGGUUACUGUAUUACUUUUUUGUCUGCUGAUUUACAAGACAUGGCAGAUGUUUUGAUGUACUGAAGUGGACACUCUACAGUGAUGAUCUUUACCAUCCGUGAUGGAGACUACACUUUUUUUUUUACAACUUCAGGAUUAAUUUAUGCACACAGCUAAUUGCAUUUUUUAUUUGCUUUUAUUUUGAACUUGGAUACAUGAAAUAACAACAUAGUAUAUGUCGUAGUAUUACUUCUUCCGUCAUAGUCAGACUAAUUUGAUUCACACUUUUCUACAGAGUUUCUAAUGUUUUUAUAUUUUAAAAAUAUGUCCAAUAAAACCAGCCUGCCAAGUCAAAUGUAAAAUGUUUAGUCUGGAAUUGCUUGGUGAAGAUAGCUAAAGGCUGUGGGUGGGACCAAUCCAGAGCUGUCAAAAGUGUAAGUAAAUUUAUGGUGUAAAUACGCUAGCACAUGAUAUAACAUAACUGUCACACAAUUUACUGCAUUGUACCUAAUGAAGUAAAUAGACUGUUGUUAUUUAAAAACACCAGCAGAGAGUAAGCUGAUCGUAAGACAAGCACACAGGUCUUCUGGUAAUUCAGACAUGUUUCCUAUGUUGGGAGGAAAUUGGGUUUCUUUUUGUACUUUUACUUUUUACUUUUGACACCUCUG